AUGAUGAUGCCAAUAGUAGCGCAAAAUGUUCAGCAGAACAUAAAAUGUGAGCCAGGUGUGAUGCUAACGCCUAAUUCAAUUAUCUCGCCUGCCUAUUCGCCGUAUGAAAUGGCAACGCCGGCAUACAGUUCGAACGGAUACGCGUCUCUCGACUACAAAAAUAGCGAUUCCGAGAGUUUAUAUUGCGAUUUUUUGCUCGAUACGCCAGAUUCGCUCUUCGAUUACUCCUCAAAUGUCGCUCAAACUGCCUCUGCGGAGCCCGUUGACAACAAUUAUUUCCGUUUUGAGCCCGAAGCGAUCGCCAAAUUCACGCAGCAGCAAGAAACUUCGUACGAAACUGCCAAUUUUUGCGAGUUUGGAGACUUUUACAACAACUACAACGACUCGAUCGAAGACCCAUGGGUGUCAACUUUCAAAUUUAACACGUCAGCAUCGCCUCUCGAGUCACCCCAAAGUCCCGAAACGCCUUUGCCACGCUUUAAUACGUUGCAAGAACUCACAACGAAGCGACAACAAGCCGUUCAAAGUCCUGCGGAGACAUUUUCCGUGCCCGAUUACAACUCAAUUAUCGAAAAUUUUGACGUAACUUACCUCAAUGCCGAAUCUCCCGCUACACAAACAGUCCCGCAACAAAGUAUUUCGCCUUCCGUGCAACAAGCUGUUCGUAACAAGUGCUCAAAACGCGUCAAAAUGACACAAAUUGCUCCGAAAAUCGAAGAACUUGAACCCGAAACGCCCGAAAUUAACGAUUAUCAAUGCAAAUGGCAAAACUGCGGGCUAUUUUUCAACACUUUAAGCACUUAUGUCGCUCAUAUUGAUCGAAAACACGUCGAAGGUAAUAGGAAAAGUGGCGAAUACACGUGUUACUGGCAUGAUUGCGAACGGAAACAGAGUCCCUUUAAUGCGCGCUACAAGUUGCUCAUUCACAUGCGAGUUCAUACGGGCGAGAAACCAAAUAAAUGUCCGCACCCUGGAUGCGAUAAAGCCUUUUCACGUUUGGAGAAUUUGAAGAUACACACGAGAUCUCACACAGGGGAACGACCUUAUGCGUGUCAAUAUUCAGGAUGUCUCAAGGCUUUUAGCAAUAGUUCGGAUCGGGCGAAGCAUCAAAGGACACAUUUUGACACAAAACCUUAUGCCUGUCAACUGCCUGGAUGCACGAAACGUUACACAGACCCUUCGAGUUUGCGAAAACACGUGAAAAAUCACGCCUUAAAAAGCAUCACGGGGCGUCGAAAGUCUCAUCGGGACUUCAGUUCGAACGUUGCAAAGCCCAAAAAGCACCCAAAACGUCAUUUUUCGGAAUCGGAUGUCUUUAGUCCCGUUCCAUCGACCUCAGAUACCUUCGUGGAUGACGUAUUUGUGCCAAAUAACGCGCCAACAGAUGUUCAACCGAAGCCGCAAGACGUUGGUUUUGACUUUAUCGAACACGCAGACGAGACUUUUGCCAAUAACGUUGGCUUUUAUGACGACAACGAGUUUAUUUCGUACGAUUACCUGAAGAAAUUCAUCGAUUCGAGUGAUUUGAACAAUUGUGAGCAGUAUUUUUAA